UUGACAUUAAAUAAAAGCAAAUGUAAAUAAUCAGCAGAGAAUAGAAUUUAAUAAAAGAUUUAUGAAGACAGUGAUCUGCUCUGUCAAUAAAUGCAACUACUAAUUACAAUUGAAACUGACAAUUUUCUACUAGUUUGGUAACUUAGUGCAUUAAGGCUUUUCAAUACUUCAUUUAAUCGUAAUGGAGGAAGUAGAUUCAAUAAUAUUGCACUUUCUUCGUCAAUUAAAAGUUAACUUCAAUGAUGAUACUAAAUGUCUAAAUGAUCUAUCAGUUGAUGUUAUUGUUGAGGCAGCAUCUAGAUGUAUUAGUGCAAUAAAUCCAAAUAUUAAAGUACCAAGUAAGUUGCCACCCGGUGUAUCACAAAGGAUAGAAGUGGCUGCACAAAUUGCCUCCAUAUGCAAGGACCUGGGGUACAAAAAUGAUGUUGGGUAUCAGACAUUUCUGUAUUAUAAUGAAGCUGAGUUGAGGCAAGUUUUCAUGUUCUUGAUAGAAAAAUUACCAAAUGAAGAUAAACAUACAAACACCACAGUACCUACAAAAAAGAAAAAUGCUCUACUGCAAGAAAUUGCACUCAAAAUUGAUGAAGAAUUGAAUACUAUGUGGAUACCUCCUUGUUGUAAACCCAAUACCCAUACAAUUGGUGAUUUCAUAUAUACAGAAGAAAAAAAUAUUAAACCCAAAGAGAUAAGUGAGGUUGAAAUUAUGGGGAAAUUACAAAAGCUUAAUGAAAUCACUAAAAAGAGUACAGCAGCAAAGCGACAACAAACAGAAAAUAUUAUCACUGACAAAAAAGUUGAGAUAAACAAAAGUCUAAAGGAACUUAAGGAAACAGCAUUUGUAUUGAGACAAAAAUUGGAUACACUCGAAAGUGAGAGAAAUAUCAUGGAUGUUGAAUAUUCACAGGCAACUAAAUACUGUGAAAGGGCUGAAGCUGAUUUAAAAAAUGUAGAGAAUAUUUUACGAGAUAUUGGAAUAACAAAUAUUGAAGAUGGCACAAUAGAAAACAAGUUAAACAAAGUGAGGAAAAACAUAAAUUCAUUGCACAGCAAAAGUGAAAAUCUGACAUCAAAAAAUUUGAGUUUAAAAGUUGAGAUUGAUAAAGUAAAUAGUACAACUACUUUAUCUGAGUCAGAGCGGAGUAAGUGUAAAAGCAUCUUAGUCAACCUAAAGGAAACAGCUAAAGCUUUGAAAGAAGAAUGUGAAAAGAAAGAGGAAUUGAGUAAACAACUUAGAUUAAAGUAUGAAAAAUUAAAAGGAGGUAACAAAAGACAUGUUUACACAGAAAGGAUUCUAGAAAUCAUAGGUAAUGUAGAAAAGCAAAAUCUGGAGAUCGGAAACAUUCUUCAAGAUACUAGAAAAAUACAGAAAGAAAUCAACACUCUUGAAGGACAACUGGAUAGAUGUUUUUCAAUUGCUGAUGAAACACUAUUUAAGGACGCUAAAAAAGAUGAUCAAGCUAAGAAAGCCUACAAAUUGUUAGCCUUGUUGCAUUCUGAGUGCAAUACCAUUGUGUCCUUAGUGAAUGAUACGGGAAAUUUAGCCAGAGACAUAGUAGACCUAGAGGAUAAUAUUAAAGCAGAGAAAUCAAAAAGAACUGAAGAUAUAUUGGAGAAAAUACAGCUGGAUCUGACCAAACUGCAAAAGGAAUCAUUAUAAUUCACAUUUUUUAUUCAUAUUAACAUUUAUGGAGUUAGAAGUAAUUUAAGUUAUAAAUAAUAUAAGAAAUGUUAA